AUGCGCAAGAGCUCCAGCACUUCUUCUCGAACGAGAGCGCGAUAUACGUUGCAAGCUUGCGAUGUUUGCCGUGCGAAGAAGAUACGCUGUGACGGUCUCAAGGAUAUAUGUGGACAGUGUGUCUCUUCCAAGCGCCAAGCGGAGUGUGCAUGGACGAAGCAACCUGUUCGCAAACCCCGCACCGAAGCCCAUUUCGAAGCGUUGAGGAAGCGUGCCGACGCCUUGGAGUCGUAUACCCGGCUGCUGGAGAGGCAGCUUGCCACAUGUCGCUGUCGGACUGCUUUUGGCUAUGGCUCAUCGUCGCAGGGAGGAGGUGCUGACGCAGCAGUUGGUGUGGACGAAGAGGCGGUCGAAGAAGAACCCUCGGACGAGCGGAACCAGACGGACAUUACACAAGAAUUGUGUGUGCCCACAGCUAAGCUCAAGCUCGAAGAUCGCGACUUGCUGUUCCAUGGAAUCACUACCCCAUUUCGCUUCUCCUCGACGACUACUGCGCGUCCUGCCCCCUCUCCGGCGGCCACAUUCGGCUCUUACAUUCUGAUGAUUGAAGGCGUGGACGAAUCCCAGUGCGACCCCACAUUUGACUGGUCACGGUAUCUUCCGCAUGACAUCCUUUUCGAUCGCAAAGAACACGACCGGCUACUCGACCUCGUCUUCAAGUUCUUCACCUCCUGGUGUAUGCGCAUCGUGCCCGCUUUAUUCCUUCGAGAUAUGUACCGCUAUCUAACCCACCCGGAUCCAUACCCGCACAAGCUGAAGACGUCACACUACUCCCCCAUGCUGCAUAACGCCCUCCUGGCCCUCGGCUCUGCCUAUUCUGAUGACCCGAAAGUACGGUCCGUCACUGCCCGACGGGCCAUCGUCGCCCAUGCGAAGAGCUUCAUUGAGGCUGAGGUCGCCCGGCCCGACAUCAGCGUCGUUAAUGCACUAGCUAUCGUGGGAAGCUUCCACUCCAGCCACGGAGAAAUGAUGUUGGGCUGGACUUAUUUCGGGAUGAGUAUUCGCAUCAGCCAGUCUUUGGGCCUAUCCAUCGACACCGUUCCCUGGGUUCGUUCUGGUCUUAUCACGAAGACAGAUAUGGUCGACCGCAACUGGACGUACUGGAUUACAUUCACGCAGGAUGUCUGCUGGUCCCUGUAUGUCGGUCGUGACUUGACUGUCCCGGCACCACCUUCAGCGAAGUAUUUGCGACCUGUCUCUGGAGAAGGAGGAUGGUUCGACGAGCUCGAUGAGGCCCCCGUCAGUUAUGCCUGCCCGCCAGGUGGCACGAAGCAGCCCGCGCAGCCGAAUUACUUAGGCAAGGUGAACGAUGCGACGUGUGAUCUCUUGCUUAUCGCGACAAAGAUCAUGGCAGUAAUCAACAAUUUGGGCCGGAAGGCAACCCGGCAGGAAGUCGCGGACAAAAUCAUCACCGACAUCGAGUCUGUUUUGUCUCACAUUCGUUUUUUUGCGGAUAUACUGAAGAAACUCCUCAGUGUACAACUUCAUACAUGGAAAUCACAGUUGCAAGCAGAAGUCGAUAUUACGCCACUUACGCGGGAGACGUCAACGCCGCACAGGUUGAUGAUGCAUGCUGCAUAUUGGUGGUGCUUCAUUCUGCUGCAUCGGCCGUUCUUCCACCAGAAGCUGCGCCCCGCGCAUGGAUCGGACCCGCAAGUAGACCAUGUUAAGCUGUGUAAACGCGCAGCAGAGAAUAUCAUGGAGCUCCUGGAAGCGUGGCGAAAGCUCUAUGGUCUGCGGUUCUCUCAGGUCACCCUGGUAAGUGACUUACGGCGCAAUCUGUAUUCUCGGCUGGGACUGUCUUUUUUGUUGCUUGCUGCCAACUCGACUUCUCCUACCCGCAGCCGCAUCGCGUCAACAUCGCUCCGCACGGCGCUCACACAAGUUGAGCUCUGCAUCCAGUAUCUCGGCGAGAUCGGACAGACAUGGCAGACGGGAAAUCUCAUGGGGAAUAUCCUCCGGAACCUGUUGAUAGAGCAGAUCCGACCCCUUCUGGAAAAACGACGGGCUGGAGAGGCGGCCAGAGACAACUCUAAAGACCGAACACCACCCGACAACCUCACGGAGCCGAGUGUUAUCACUAAUCUCACCACGUCUUUAGCGCCAGCCUCUCUGGACUUUGAUAGUAUGGGCCAUCCUUCAAAUUCAAUGUCACCCCUACCCACUAGUUUGGAUGAUCUAUUCCUUGACUCCGUCACCAAUAGCGUCUUCGAGGACGACUCGAUUCCCCUGCCAGACUUCCUACAAGCAAUGCUGGGUCCAGAGCCGAUCCCGGAUGCGCCAUACAUGCCACCCUUCGACCUUGGCUACUCUAACAUGGAGCUGGAUUUCGGACUGGACUUCGCCAACAACGGCGUCGGCGACCUUUCUUUGAACCUGGCGGCGAAUCUGAACUGGGAUUAUUGGCGUUAG